AUGGAGAUCGUGCCGCGGAUCUGGAGAGACUAUCGCGUGUACCGGAUCCGUCAUUCGUUAUUUGUGGCAGGGGUUUUCUACAAGGUUGAGGAACACGUAUUGGAGGAUUGGAAUGAGAUGUGCACGAUUGAUUUUACGCGCGAUGUGCCGACUAUGACGAGGAUGAAUAUUGAGGAUAUGAUGUUUCGACGUUCGCUUUUCCCCUCUCAAUUCGCUUUGAAGGCUUGUGAGGAGCUGAGGAAGCUUGAGGAUUGUGUCAAAUCACUGCAUAUCGCGGUACCCGGGCAGAAUGGCGUCUAUAAAUCUGUGCUCCCUGAACUCUCCACGUUUUAUCUCGGUGGCUACGAUGAUAUGAUGCAGCUGCACGCGCAUAUUGAUAUUUUCAUCAACGAGGAUCAUGUUGAUCGUGCAGGCGCUAAGAUGUUUGUGUAUCAGUGUGCGUUGAAUCUUCUUGACCGAGCGAGUAAAAGUCCAGAUGAUAAACUUUGGAGGAUUGGUCUAAAUCAUGGCUGGAGUUGUGAAUGGGAACACCGAUGUUUCUGGACAGAGUUGGAGGUGAUUUUGCGGCGCAUGUCUAAAAGGCUGAGUUACAUUGACAACUCUUACGUUGAUGGGAAUGAAGGUUUAAGUCAUAUUUAUAUUCAUGAGAUAGCAGAGCCUGAUGGCACGGGUAUCGUCGUGGAUUGGGAUGCCUUUCGGGAGUUCGGAAAGUCGGUGGCAGAUGAAUUUCGUGAUCGCUGA